AUGGAGGUGGUGGUGGGCGGAAGCACCCACACCCAGCAUGCGGAGAACAAACGGUCCACCUCGCCGCGCUCUUCAAUGCUCGGCGGCAUGCUCGGCUUUAUCAAGGGCGGCGAGACGGCGGUGGCGCCGAUGAGCCCUGGCACCGGUAGCAGCACUGCUGUCCCCAGCAAUGGCUACCACCCUCACUAUCCUCAGCACCAGAACCACCAUCCGAACAACGACGAGGACAAGGGCAUCUACCUGGACGACCUCGACCCGAACGACAUGAACCCCGAGGUGGCGGCCAAGUACUUUCCCAAGUUUAGCCCCAACCCCAACUCCAACAGCAGCUCUUCUCACUUUCUAACUCAGCCGGCCAACCGGAGCAGCCACACCAGCGACGAGGACGUCGAGUCGGGCACCGGGCCCUCGCUGUCCAACUCGCCGCACUCCACCGAGUACAACUACCCCACCACCAUCAGCACUCACCGAGUACCCUCCACCUCUGACUUUGCCUCCGAGUACUCCCAACUCCUCAACUCGAACGACCUCUCUCUCCUCUCCACCUUUGACCUGUCGACGCUGAGCAAGGUCUACCACGACAUGUCCAUGUCGCUGUGCGGCGGCAUCGAAAACCUGGUGGAGAACCCCGGCGACACUGAGCACUUUCUCCAGUCGAUUAUCUCCUUUGACGACUUUAGCGAGAACCCGCUGGCCAUCCUCAACGACCCCAACCUGGUGGUGCGCAUGGGCGGGCGGUACUUCACCUGGAAGAUGGCCUCCGCCAUCAUCCUCUCGCUGCUGAUGUUCCAGCGGCCGCUGCCGGAGACGACGAUGGACUCGUUGCGGGAGCAGUGCAUUCCCAAGAAGAAGAAGAAGCCGCCGCCAGUUAGUGCGCAGAACUCGAGCGCCAGCUCCUGGCGCAACUGGUCCAUCUUUCGCUCCAACACCUCAGAGUCGUCCUCCGCCAAUGUUCAGACCAUCGAUGAGACCAGUUCAACUGGUGGUGGUGGUGGUGGUGGUCAGCACUCGGCGGAGAACAGCACCGAGACUCGGUCGCUCAACUCGAGCAACUCCUCCGAGGGGGCGGCGGUGCUUCAGUCAAAGCAGUUGGGGACACCGAGCCACAAGCUGAGCAACAACCUGAACAACAGCCUGGAGUACACCUCCGACGAGGAGACGAUGAACAUUGUCCUCUCCUCCUCCUCGCACAAAACGUCGGGACCGGGGACCGCUGUAACUUCGACCCCUGGCACCACCACCGCCACCAACAGCACCACAAACUCCUCCACGGAGAGCAGCACUGCGACGAGCACGCCCGGCCACACCAAGAGCAAGGUCCGCUACCGGAAGGUGCUCCGCCUCAAGUCGGACAUCGUGCGGUCGCUCAACCUGAAGCGCAACUGCAACGACGUCAUGUUCAGCGUCACCACCGCCUUCCAGGGCACCACCGUCUGCCGGAGCAAGAUCUUCCUCUGGCGGUGGGACGACAAGGUGGUCAUCAGCGACAUUGACGGCACCAUCACCAAGUCGGACGUCCUCGGCCACAUCCUCCCCUACAUCGGCAAGGACUGGGCGCAGCUGGGCGUCACGCAGCUGUACAGCAACAUCGAAGCGAACAGCUACCGCUUUCUCUACCUCUCGGCGCGGGCGAUCGGCCAGGCGAAGACGACGCGGGAGUACCUGCGCGACCUGCGCCAGGACGACAUUGGCCUGCCCGACGGGCCGCUGCUCCUCUCGCCGACGUCGCUCUUUUCGGCGCUGCACCGUGAGGUGAUUGAGAAGAAGCCCGAGGAGUUCAAGAUUGCCUGCCUGAAGGACAUUCAGUCGCUCUUUCCGGAGAAUCCCUUCUUUGCCGGCUUUGGCAAUAAGAUCAAUGACAACUGGGCGUACAAGGCCGUGGGCAUCGACUCUUCACGGAUCUUCACCAUCAACCACAAGGGCGAGCUCAGGCUGGACCGCCUGCUGUCCUUUAAGUCAUCGUACACCGACCUGAGUCAGUUUGUCGAUCAGAUGUUCCCCCCGCUGCAGCAGUCCGCCUACUACGAUGGCUACAGCUCCUUCAUGUUCUGGCGGCCGGACAUUCCCGA